CCUACUAACAAAACAACGUAAUAAUUCGUUUCAGUACCUAAUUAACAAUGAUUUUAUUCGCAUUUUUCACACAAAUAGCUUUAGUAAAUUCCAUUUUUAAUAUAUCCGAAACUUCACAUAGAAUUUCUAAUAUUUUAGACAAGUACAAAAAUCAUCGUUUACCGAGAUGCACUAAGUUAAAACUAAAUAGUUUUGUGGGUAAAACUGUAAAUGUUUUUGACAAAACUCAAAGGAUUGGUGAAUAUAUAAAGUACGUGAAUGUUAGUGCUUGCGGGGUUGACAGUGAUUAUGGAGCAAGUUAUAUAAAUGAACACAUCUUAAGUGGACUGUUGGUAAAUGAAAAUGUGUCUAAAAGUCAUUGGCUCGAAUAUAAGUCAGUCUUCAAGAAGCAGUAUCUCUCUCUUGAACACGAGAUGGCAGCAUUCUCUACCUGGUGGGAUAAUCUUCGAAGAGUCGCGAGACAUAACCAGCAGUAUCUAUCUGGACUCCAGUCCUACUCCUUACAUCUAAAUCAUCUUGGAGAUUUGGGAACAACUGAUUACUUCAAGAAGAUAUUGAAAUUGAUAGAGACACCAUUUCUCUUCGAUCCGGCGGAAGACCGCCAUAGAACAGCUUACCGCAAAAACUUGCAUCGCAGAGUACCUAGACAAGUGGACUGGCGAGCCAAGGGUUUUACACCACGUCGUGAGGAGCAGUCUCAAUGUGGGGCCUGCUACGCCUUUGCUAUCACUCAUGCUGUUCAGGCACAGCUGUAUAAGAAACAUAAGAAAUGGGGAGAAUUAAGUCCCCAGCAGAUAGUAGACUGCAGCUAUGGAGACGGUAACAUGGGCUGUGAGGGCGGGUCCCUCAGAGCGGCCCUCCGAUACGUCGCCAGGGAGGGACUCAUCAUGGAGAAGGACUACCCUUACUUUGGAAAGAAAGGCCAUUGCAACUACAGCAGGCUGUUCGUAAGGGCGAAGCCCCGGCGCUGGUCGCUGCUGCCUCCAUCAGACGAGCGCGCCAUGCAACGAGCGCUGGCCACAAUUGGCCCCCUCCCUGUCGCCGUGAAUGCCGAACCGUUCACAUUUCAGCUGUAUCGAAGCGGCAUCUACGACGACCCAUUCUGUACCCCGUGGAAGCUGAACCACGCCAUGCUGUUGGUCGGCUACACACGCCAGUACUGGCUGCUACUCAACUGGUGGGGGCCCAAUUGGGGAGAAGAUGGAUAUAUCAGAAUCAGGAGAGGAUUCAACCGAUGUGGUGUUGCCAACAUGGCAGCUUAUGUAGAAUUGUAAGAAGAAAAUAAACAUUUUUAUAAGCAAUA